AUGUCUAAUAAAAAUAACAAUUCAAAUGAAUGGAUUAAUUGGAUCGAAGAAGCUGUUUCUAAAAAAUAUAUUAAAUAUUAUGAAUUUGAACAAUUUUAUAAUUUUAAAGAAAUUGGUUCUGGAGGUUUUGGAAAGGUUCAAUGUGCAAAUUGGAAGAAAUCUCAUAAGCGUUAUGCAUUAAAAUCAUUUUCUACUUUUGAUGAUGCUACAGUUAAAGAAAUUGUUCGAGAGAUUCAACUUCAGCGCGAAGUUGAUUUUCAUGAUAAUGUUAUCCGUUUCUACGGUGUCACAACCUCCAGUAAAGGUAUUUUAAGUAUUAUAUUGGAAUAUGCUAACAAUGGUACCCUCCGAAAUUAUUUGAAAGAAAAUUUUAAAAAUCUAACUUGGAACGACAAGUUGAUUCUUGCAUUUCAACUGGUCUAUGCGGUAUCAUGCUUACAUGGUGAAGGAAUUUUACAUCGUGAUUUGCACUCAAAAAAUGUACUAGUCCAUCAAAAUACUAUUAAAUUAGCUGAUUUUGGACUGUCAAAAAGGAUUGACGAAUCAUCCAACCUUCAAUCAAAAGUUUUUGGAAUGGUCCCUUAUAUAGAUCCAAAAAUAUUUAAUAGAGAAAGAAAUAGCAAUGACAAAAAAACGAAAGUAUACUCAUCAAAUGAGAAGAGUGACGUUUAUAGCAUUGGUGUGUUGUUAUGGGAAAUAUCUAGUGGUCGACCUCCUUUUCAUGGUAAACCAUAUGAUAUUGGUUUGGCUUUAAGUAUUUUAGAAAACCUUAGAGAGACACCCAUUCAUGGUACACCCGUAGAAUAUAUAAAACUUUAUACUGGUAAAUACAAUUCAAGUUAUGAUUUAUAA